AUGAGCAAGAUAAAGAUGCAGAUCACUCAGCUCUUGAACACUGCGAUGGCACAAGCCGAGGCGGAUCGGCGGGCAGAAGACGUGCUUCAAAGGAUCAUGGAGAUGCUCGAGAAGGGGCCGAAGCAGAACAAUGAGAGGACGGUGCCAUCUGCCAGGACUGACGCUCGGCCAGAACAUGCGACGCAAGGUAUAGGCGACCAAGUAUUAACACCAGGGCAAGCAGCACAGCCAAGCUGGGCGAGCAUCACGGGGGCAAGCAAAGGAAGCGGCUGGACCACAGUCGCAAACGGUAAGAGAAAACCGAAGAAGCACCCGCUCGACCAAAGGCGCAUCCUCUUCGCGAGAAAUGUGCAGUCGCACAGUUGCGACCCCAGAGACAUCAUGUUCGAAGCGAAUAAGGCUUUAGCAAACGCAAGAGCCCAUGUGACUGUGAGAUUGAUCAAAAUGAGAUACACAGAAAAAGGCAACUUGACGGGUGUGGUGAGUCAACACGCAUGUGCCGACGAGCUGCUUAACUACGCCACGGUCUUGAUGGCUGCGGUCAAGAAGCUGGACCCUGAAGUCGUCCUGGUGGAAAAGACUGAGAAGUGGCGCAAACUGCGUGUGCACGGCGUCGCACUGGACCGCUACACGGCCGAAGGUGGUUUGAAGCUUGCGCGGGAAGAAAUCGAACUAAUGACGGGCGAACAGUUGCCGUAUCCGCCGCGCUGGCUCAAGGGGGACUCCCUGGGAGUGAGCGUGCUUCAACAUAACUGCAACCGCACAGCUGUGUCGACGACAGCAGCACUUGAGGCUGCCCUGGAGCGAGGAGUCGAAGUGGCGUGCUUGCAAGAGCCGCACGUGGGAAAGAGGCACACGAUCUGUCACCCUGGGUUUCAGCUCAGAUACCCGGAGUGUGCAAAGCAAGACGCGAGAGUGGCGUUGGCGAUCCGCAACGACGCGCUUGAUCGGUAUGUGUUUGAAGAGAGGACAGACCUGGUAAAUAGCCCGCACGUGCAGUGUCUUGACAUCUGGGAGACAACGAACCGCAGAAAGACGCGCCGAACGAGACUGAUCAACAUCUACAACAAAGCCAGGGUCGAAGGAGGGGGCUACACGAUCGACCAUCUCGACUGGCGACCGCUCAUCGAAGGCAGGACCAUACUCGCAGGAGACUUCAACGCUCGUAGCCCCAAAUGGGACCGUUGGAUCGUGGGAAGACAAAAUGCUGGGACGACGGAACGGUUGAUCGAGAGGCACGACCUCAUUGUCAACAAUAACGACCACCAAGCCACCAGACGCGGGAAAAACUGUAAAUCAGUCAUCGAUCUGACUCUGAGUUCUCGCAAAGUGGGUGCGCUCACCACGUGGGAGAUUGACGAAGAACUAGCGACAACAUCCGACCAUGAAGUGAUCGUCUUCGAGUGGACGCCGCUCAAUGCGGCCGCUACGGACGGGCCAAGGGGCGCUCCACCGAAUUGGAGCAUCGAUCGUCUGUGCGCGGAUGGAGAGGCGUUGAAAAAGGCAGGCGAGCACUGGCACGAGCUGAGUGAAGGAAGGUUGCUGGUCAAUGCCUGGGUGGCAACACCGGCAGAACUCGAGGCAGAAGCGUGCUGGAUGCAAGAAAGUCUCAAGACAGUGCUGGACCGACAUGCACCCGGGAGGCCGCCGUGCGCACGCUCGAAGCGGUGGUGGACAGACGAGAUCAAAUAG